AAUUAAGGUUCAAACUAUGUACAACAAAUAUCUUGUAUGCAUUUAUAAAUUUCCUUAAGAGCAAAAAACUAUAUGGAGUAUAUAAAAUAAAUAAAAAUGAUUACAUUAAAUUCCGUACGUACUGAACGAUUCAAAGGAAAAGAGAACAAGGAAUUGUCAGUCAGCCCCUUCUCUACACAAUAAAAUCUCAUUUAUAUUGAAUGGAUUUCUGUAACAUAUUUUCGUGGCGCAACGUGUCAUCUGAAUCAGUGUCAAUAGAAGAAACGCGGGAUUGUCAUUAAAAGGCACAUGUGUGGAAUGCAUGUGUAUGGUUGCAUCGGCGUUUACGAGAAAGAAAGGCGGGGAGACGGAAUAUUAGAAAGGAGGGAUCGAAGCAGAAGAAGAGGAAACGCAUGGGAAGGGUGCACUGCAUUGUGACAACGAUUACAUUCAGAUAAAUUCCUCGGCUUUUCGCAUCCGGCCUACGAUCAACGUUCGUCGUUUGUUUCACCGGUGGUGCGCGCUCUUCUUUCUUACGGUGACCGGUAUCAGAAGAGAGUAUCCCUGUAAAAAUCAUGAUUUGACGAAGAAAGGGUAGCAUGCGGCGGGACCACGUGAAGCAACAAUGGAAAACACUGCGAUUGCCUCGCAACAUCCACUACGUUCCUUGGACACUUUGUCUUCUCGCGGCAUUAGGGCUGUACCCGGUGCUAGCCGACAUUAUUUUGCAAGACAUAGAGGAGAAUAUCGUGGAUCUGAUGGAUGGCACCGGAAUGCAACAAGAGCCGGUUGGCGUGACAGCAACCGAAAAUCGUUGCCGCAGAAAUGACACGAUCGCAUACGACAUCGCGGAGAGCGCGCUGCUGACGAUCAAUACGAACACUCUGUUCCCUAAUGGCAUACCCCGUGAUUUUUCCAUAUUGGUCGUCGCCAAGCCAAAAAUCGGAUCCCCGGUCGCCACGUUGUUCGCGAUCUACAGCGACAGCGGUGAGGAACAGUUGGUGCUGUCGUUGGGCAGUGACGUCACUAUUUACUACAGCACAACACCGGACGACGAGGACAAACCGAUUUCAUUCGGGAUUGACAUUGCCGAUGGGAAGUGGCACCGUUUAGGGAUCAGCGUCAAAGGCGACACUGUCACGCUGAUCCUCGAUUGUGCCCAGAGACAAAUUUCCAGAGAGUUGCGUCGAAGGCUCGACGAGACAAUUAGCGUCAGCGGUAUCAUAAUUAUCGGCCAACAGAUCGUCGAUGGCAAUAUGUACACGGGUGGUUUGGAGAUGUUGAAGAUCGCUCCGAUACCAGAUACAGCGUACGAAAUUUGCACGGUUCUCGCGCCAGAUUGCAGGAACGCGAGGCACAGAUUAAAACACGGUGAUUACUUAAACGCGAGGAAUUACGACUCUCUCUCACGCACCACCGUAUCUACUUACCGCGAAGGUACAAGUAUCGGCGAUAGUCAGACAGUUCCAACAUCCAGUUACGCUUUUUCAACCAGUAGAUCGUAUUAUCAAGCGAGUAACAACAAUCUGAACUUGUCUGAAAAUUAUGGCAGAACGUCUAGACCUAAUGCUUCGUACAACGAGCAAGAUGAAAAUACUGUAAGAGAGAUAGAGGAGUAUGAGGAUGGAAGCGAAGACAGGGUCGAGGACGUCGAGGACGAGUAUAAUAAUUUAGCUUACAAACCCGCGAACGUAACGCACGCGGCGAGGUCAACCGUGGCGACGUUCCUUCAGAAUCAAAGUGCCGUUUUCAACAGCGUUGCUUCAGCCACAGUAGAUCGCCAUCAAACGACAACACCGGAAAUUUCUGAAACUUCCGACAGUUUGACUGGAGAAAAUCAAGGAGGUUUGAAAUACUCGGAAUCGUCGGAAGGAUCGUAUUACAAUUCAGUUUAUUAUAGUAGCAGAGGUCCAGUUGGGCCACGGGGAUUCCCGGGGCCUCCAGGCGCGCCCGGGCCACCCGGUAAAAAAGGAGAACCAGGAAGAGAUGGUUUGGCAGGUUUGCAAGGCGCUCCCGGUCCAUCAGGGAACGUGUUUGUAAUACCAGCACUGAACCAACAAGGAAACGAGAAGGGGCCAGACAGUCAGACGGAAGCUCUCAGGCAAAUCCUUUCGCAGCACAUGAUGGCCAUGAGAGGUGCCGAAGGUCCAAUGGGCCUGACAGGUAUUCCUGGACACGAAGGGCCACCUGGAUCUCAAGGUCAGAAAGGAGAGCCUGGAGAAAUUGGCGAGCCUGGACCUCGUGGUGAAAGAGGUAUUCCUGGAAACACUGGCAGAGAGGGCAGACGAGGCCGACCUGGAAGAGACGGAGAAAGAGGUUUAAGUGGACCACCAGGAAUGAAAGGAGAACAGGGUGUACCGGGCUUGCCUGGCUUGCCGGGAGAUAAGGGCGAAAGAGGAUUUGUAGGUGCGACUGGUGAACAAGGUCUACCAGGCCACGAAGGAAUGCAGGGUGACGAUGGCCCUCCAGGGUUACCAGGUUUACCGGGUGAAAUGGGACCUAGAGGAUUCAUAGGACCACGAGGUUUCCCUGGAUUGCCAGGGAAUCCCGGUAUUCCCGGAAGCGAGGGUCCAUCAGGAGCAAAAGGCAAUACUGGUCCACCGGGUCCUCCAGGCGUACCUGGUUCUCCGGGUCCAAUUGGGCCUAUAGGUCCACCCGGACCUCAAGGUCUUUUGGGUCCAACCGGUUUAGUUGGGCCACAAGGGAAACCUGGAAUUCCUGGUUUGCCGGGAGCAGAUGGAUCCCCUGGUCAUCCAGGCAAUCCGGGUAUUCCUGGAAUGAAAGGUGAACAAGGAUCUCAGGGACCGCAAGGACCGAUAGGUCUACCAGGAAUUCGCGGCGUAAAAGGUGACGAGGGCAAACGUGGAAUACCUGGUGAACGCGGGGAAAAGGGAGAGAAAGGUCCGGAAGGAGAGAAAGGCGACGUUGGUGCAAAAGGAGAACCUGGAUUACCAGGUCCACAAGGAAUUCCUGGGUUGGAAGGUUUGGAGGGACCGAAAGGUUUCGAGGGGCCACGCGGUGAAACUGGAUUAGUUGGAUUGCCUGGUGAGAAAGGUAAAACUGGUUCCCCUGGCUUUAUUGGAUAUCCGGGAAAUAUUGGCGAGAAAGGCGAUAAAGGCCAACCGGGCAGAGAAGGUCCUAACGGAGAUAAAGGAGAAAGGGGUAACAAUGGCGUGCCAGGGGAACGCGGUGAGCCAGGACCUCGAGGAUUUAGAGGUGCUCGUGGAAGAAGAGGUGGUGAAGGAUUACCAGGGCCAAAAGGUGACACUGGACAACCAGGUCCUCCAGGAUUACAAGGAGAACCCGGUCCGCCAGGAAUCGAGGGACCUCGUGGAUUUGUGGGACCCCCUGGACAACCUGGCCUUAAUGGGAAAGAUGGAAUUCCUGGUCCCCCUGGUGAACGUGGACCAGUGGGUGAUUCUGGACCACCUGGUCCUUCAGGAGCGCCUGGUGUUAUUGGGCCGCAAGGUCCAGCUGGUGAACCCGGACAACCAGGAGAACCUGGAAUUUCAGGGAAUCCAGGAACUCCCGGAGAACCAGGACCCUCGGGAGAACAAGGCAAAGAGGGACCAUCAGGACCACCUGGUCUACCAGGAAAAGAAGGUCCACCAGGUCCCAGUGGUUUACCAGGAUUUCCUGGUGAACGGGGAUCGACUGGUCUACCGGGAAUGCCAGGUGUAAAAGGAGAAAUAGGACUACCUGGGUUACAAGGUCCGUCAGGCGAUAAAGGUGCUCAAGGAGAGUCUGGAAAAGAUGGCGAACCUGGACCUCGAGGAAACCAGGGACCAAAUGGACCACCCGGGCCAGUUGGAUUGAAAGGCGAUAGAGGCGAGCCUGGACCAAACGGCCCUACUGGACGAGAUGGUCUACAAGGACAACGUGGUUUGCCAGGUCCUCCCGGUCCCGUUGGAGUUCCAGGAGAAGAUGGCGACAAAGGAGAUAUUGGACCACCUGGUGAAAAAGGAUUCAAAGGAUUUCAAGGAGAGACAGGUCCUCCAGGACCGCCUGGCAUACAAGGACUUCGAGGUGAACCUGGUGUUAUCGGUUUACCAGGUGAAAAAGGACCACCUGGAGAAAUUGGAAGACAAGGGCCAAAAGGCGAGGAUGGUCCCGUUGGUGCGUCAGGUCCUCCCGGUCCCGUAGGGCCGCAAGGAUUGCCUGGUCCACCAGGAUUAAAAGGAGAAAUGGGAGACAUUGGUAUGACUGGUCCUGUGGGACCGGUAGGAAAUCCAGGUGGACAAGGUCCGAGAGGUCCUAAAGGAUCUGAAGGCUUACAAGGGCCUCCAGGUCCAGAAGGUCGUCAAGGACAAAAAGGAGAGCCAGGAACGCCAGGACUUCCAGGUCUAAUAGGUUCAGAAGGAAAACCAGGUGAAAGGGGCCCUCCAGGUCCAAAAGGAGAAGAAGGAAAAAGUGGUCCUCCAGGACCACCUGGUAGUCGUGGUAUAAAUGGCCCAGAAGGGCCGAAAGGUAAUGCAGGAUCACCUGGUUUUCCUGGACCUCCAGGAGAACCGGGACCAAUCGGUGCAAAAGGAGAGCCUGGUAGGGAUGGUGAAGAUGGUAAACCGGGAGAUCCUGGACUACCAGGAGAAGUUGGUCCUCCGGGGAAAGAGGGAUUACCUGGUCCUCCUGGAAAACAAGGAUCCGAGGGUCCAGCGGGUGUGCAAGGAAGUCCAGGUUUACCGGGCGAAAAAGGAGACGUGGGUCUGUCUGGAGCACAGGGAUCUCCUGGUUCCACAGGACCUCAGGGUUUUCCAGGACCGUCUGGUUUGCCAGGUGUAAGAGGAUUGCCAGGACUUGCUGGAGAAAAUGGUCCACCAGGAAUGCCAGGUGCUGUCGGUGCUCCAGGAAAGGUUGGACCGAUUGGUCCGAAAGGUCCAAAGGGUGACAGAGGUAAACGAGGGCCUAAAGGACAUCGAGGUGAAUUGGGACAGGUCGGAGUCAAAGGAGAACAGGGCGAGAAAGGAGAACAAGGACCACGAGGUGCUCCAGGAGCUGAAGGACCCAAGGGCAACCAAGGGCCAGCAGGUUUAACAGGAUUUAAAGGAAACGAUGGGCCUGCAGGGCUUCCUGGAAUGGAAGGACCGCCUGGAUUUAAAGGAAAUGCCGGGAAUGAUGGACCAAAAGGCGAAACUGGCCCUCCGGGACCUCCAGGCCCUCCUGGACCACCUGCAGAACAACCCAUGAUCCCUCCGGAAUUGUUGUUCACGAGAGAACAAAUUUUGCGAAGGAGACGUGAUAUUUCGACAGACACAAACGAGGAAGACGAGAAAGAAAAGAAUUCAGAAACAUUGAACAAGGACGAUCACAUCAAAGAGGAAUUUGGUCCCAAAUUCUUGGAUAUGUACAGUUCUAUAUACGCUAUGAGACAAGAAUUGGAUCGAAUACGAAAACCAAUCGGAAGCAAGGAGAAUCCUGCACGAACUUGUAAAGAUUUAUUUUACGGUCAUCCUCACUUUCACGAUGGUUGGUACUGGAUCGAUCCAAAUUUAGGAAUGGCUGACGACUCCGUAUACGUGUAUUGCAACAUGACGAAUAUGGGUGAAACCUGCGUGUAUCCUGACACUCACACCAGUCAAAUGCCCAAUAUACCGUGGAGAAAGGAAAAUAACAAAACCGAUUGGUAUUCGAAUUUGCGCGGAGGAUUCAAGAUUACGUACGAAACAAUUGGAACAGUACAAUUAAACUUUCUGCGUUUACUGAGUCAAGAUGCCUAUCAGAAUUUCACUUACACCUGCAUCAAUAGCUUCGGUUGGUACAACGUCUUGGACUUUAAUUACAAUUCCUCUUUACGGCUGCUUGGCGCGAACGAAGAUGAAUUUUCGUACACUGGGAUCAAUCCGCAAAUCGUAACAGACAAUUGUAAAACCCGCAAGAGCAAAGGGGAAACGGUGCUUCUGGUUCAGAGCAGAAAGUUGCAACAGUUACCGUUGAUAGACUUUUACCCAGUCGACUAUGGAUUGCCGCAUCAGGCGUUUGGUUUCACGGUUGGGCCAAUUUGUUUCAAGUAGAUCGAAUUGUCGAACUUCGUAUUGGCUAACUGAAGACUGAAACGUUAUUGUACAACAUUCAUCGAUAAUUGUUUUCUACUAACUUUCUUCCCUCAGUUAUCGCAAUAUCAACGUAACCAGCAGAUAAUUUAUUAAUCGUUUGAACUUAUCCUUUGCCAAUAGUGAGAACAUUUACUUAUAUUUUUCUCAUGUACUUAUAUUAUCAUUAUUCUCUUCGAAUCUAAACAUUCGGAAGAAUAGAAAAGUGCCAGUAGAAUAUAAACAUCGUUGUAAUAUACAACGUUAACAUUGUUAUUUAUAUAAUAAAUGUGUAUAUGAUAAUAAUUACUGUAAUCACUGCCACGAGUACGUGACUUACGUUUUCACACGUUUAUAAAUAAAAUGCAAUAACAGGUAA